CGUGAACUGGCGGCAAGUGUUUGUUUUUGUAGUAUUUUUGCCGCGCCGAAUUUCGCGAUACGAAGGUUAGAUAUUGAUUCUUGUAAUCGAAAUGUUCCAAUAAAUGAAUGGCUCGUUCUUGACCCUGUUACCCGAAUUGGACCCACAUGUGUUUUGAAUUUGAAAAACCAGCUUUUGUAGGAAUUUGUCACAACCAGAUUCGCUGACUGAUGUUUCAACGUCGACUUAAAGAUGGCUGUGAGUGGAUAUACAUGUAUCAGGGUAUCCUUCUGUUGGGUUAAUGUGUUGUUCUGGAUUACAGGAUGCGGUCUACUAGGAGUGGGGAUUUGGUUGAGAAUAGCUUACGAAGGAUACGCGAGUCUUCUGCCUCAAUAUGCUCUACUCAGCGCUGAUUCCUUGGCCAUCACCUUCGGAACCGUCACAUUCAUCUUCUCCUUCUUCGCCUGCUGUGGAUCGUGGUUCCAAAACAGGUGUAUGCUAAUAACGUAUUUUUGUCUGGUGGUCUUCAUAUUCCUGGUGGAGUUCGUUUUUGGAUCCGUGGCCUUCAUUUUUAGAGAGAGCUUGAAACACACGCUCAGCGAAGAAUUACAAAAUGGUAUCUACCACCACUACAACGUCUCAUUGCAUGGACCAAACAGUUUAGUACAAAUAUGGGAUAACAUUCAGACACAAUUUGGUUGCUGUGGUGUCAAAAGCUACGAGGACUGGUACAUGAUAGAAGCAUGGCCAAACGAGAAAUGGGUUCCAGACUCCUGCUGCCUUCCUGCGAGCUACGAUGUAAAUUGCGGUAAAAUCAGAGACGUGGAUAUCUAUACUCAAGGCUGUUAUGCCCAAAUUAAUAACUUUUUUAUAAGAAGACUGGAUAUUAUUGGAUUUGUUGGGAUUGUUAUAGCAUUUUUCCAACUUUAUGGACUUAUCUCCUCGAUGAUCCUGUUCUGCACAGUGAAGCACAAAAGGUAUUCCAGGACUUACAAAUCAUACUCCUAGCGGUAUUAGGAAAAUUUUUAAUUUUCCCAGUGAUAUAUUAAGGUUGAUUAUCGUGUAUAUUUAUAGUUGUUAGAUGGAUUGUUAUACUAUAAAGCGUUCCUUAAACAAUUGAAAUGGUUGCAAAGGGGUGAUAUCUAGCAUCAAAAAUCCGUAUUGUCACACAAGAAAUUUACUACAAACUCAAAAAAGUAGGCUGCUUUAAAUAUCAAAACAUCUUUUCAUUUUAUUCAAUCAAUUUACUGUAUUUAUUUUUGUUUUAUUAAAUCAAAUACUGUCGGGGUAGGAGUGGCAAAUUUUUUUGCAUAUUUUUUGGUGUCUAAAUU